UCAUCAUCAGGUCAUUACCCUCCUGUAUUUAAGCACCAGCUCGAGCUUUCGCUGCUUCCCAGACUGUUGCUGUGUUUGUUGUGCGAUCGGACUCUCUGACGCUCGUCGAUGUCUCUCUGCCAUCACGUCUUUAAAGAAACUCACCUGUAAUCCCGAGCUGGAGUUUUCCUGUGGAAAGAGGAACACCCUCCAUCGUUUCCCUACCUCUGGGUAAAACUCUGCCACCUGCUCCAGCAGAAUCAGAAGCUGAACUGAUCCUCACCUGUGCCUCCUCCUGCUGCAGACACCUGUCCAUAAACCUGAGCUAGCCUGAGUCCACUGACAGAGUUACCUUCAUCAGUGAUGACACAGAGAGUUCGAGCGUUUAAGGACUGAUAACAGAGUCUGGAUGGGAUGAAGGGGUGGAGUUUCCCGAACAUGUCUCCAGACUGUCGAUGUCAGCGAUCACCUUUGCUCAGUGGCGCUCCAUCCUGCUAGAAACACUCCAAGCUGCUCCUGGAUGGUUAGAAGGUGUUGGUCUGUGAGGACGUCGUGCUGAGAUCAGCUUGGAGCUCUGAUACGGCGGGACUGCAUCUCCACACGUCAGGAUUUGGUCCAGAAGCUGAGACGCAGCAGAAGAAGACGGGUCAAGCACUGAGUGUAGGUGGAUGGCUCAUCCAGCAGUAAAAGUCUGAAACUGUUGUUCAGCGAAUCGCAGAAGCACGCAGAAAUCAUCACACUGAAGCGUCUGAGGAGCACAAACGAUGUUUCCUGUGUGAGCAGCUCCGCCUCUCCUUUAAAGGGAUGUGUGAGCCUUUCCCGGGACGGCAUGUUAGGAGCCACAAGCUCCUUCAGACAUGCUCGCAGUAAAGCAAAGAAGCUUUGAUGCACGCCAUCGCACGACCGCGUCUCCAUCCAAGCACUCGAGAUCGUUCAUGUUUCAUCUUAACCCUUUGUGUCAGGCUGACUGACGUUCCUGUAGUUCUUCUUCUGCUCUGUGAAGCGCCUGCGCUGCUUCAGUGUCGUCAUCUCUUAAAUCAGCUUUAAUCACCUGCAAACACCCACACAUCCGCCCGCCUGAGAGACGCAGCUCCAGCUCUAAUGAGUCUUUAAGGUGACCUUUCAAACCACAUGAAGUGAAACCACACACACACACACACACACACACACACACACACACACACACACACACACACACACACACACACACACACACACACACACACACACACACACGGCUCUACCCGUCUCGUGUCUCCAGGUGUGUUUUAAUCUCUCUGUGGUCUCUGCGGUGUCACAUAUCAAACACUCUCCCGCCUCACCUGAGGCCGCGGGGCUUCCAGGAAGGAAGCGGCGGCGGCACCGUCUCUGCCGACUGAUCUGCUGAAGCUUCAAAAGCUCCUUCAAAAACUUCUGAGGACCCGGCGGCUGACAGAGGGCAGAUCAGAGGGGAGGGGAGGGGUAUAAAAAACAAGCACACCUGAAGGCAGCAGGUAGAAGGAGGCGAGCUUCGUUCGGAUAAGCAGGCAGGAGACUCUGCGGGUUUGCUCUGAUGACUGAAAGAAACACAGCUCUGUAGGAUUUUCUCGUGAAGAGUUCAGAGGAACUGAAGAAGCUGUGAAGCCGUUAUUGCCCGACUGAUCAACUGAUCGAUUGGAGGAUGUGGAUGCUGCGCAGCGUCCUGUGUGUGUCUCUGGUCUGCGGUCUGGCUCUGGACUCAAACACCAUCAGAUCCUCCAAAGAGUCGACGCUGCAGAGCUCCGAGCUGCCGGAUCGUUCCCAUGACAACAGGACGGAGACAAAUUCCAACUCCCACCGACGACAAAGGCCGACAUGUACUGCGACCGAAUGCAACGCACCUCCGCAGAGGGGGCGCUGCAGUAACAGAGCUGACAGGAGGCCGUCCCCCAGUGACGGACAGGCGGACGGACAGGCGGGCAGAGUGACGGGAGGACAGAGGGACGCCGACGGCAACAGGACCAAAGCUCCGGAGAUGUCGAGCUGCGUGCGGUCCGGCGACUGCGCGGACGGCCUGUGCUGCGUCCGGUACCUGACCGGCAAACGGUGCCAGCGGAUCCCAGUGGAGGGCGAGGCCUGUCUACUGCGAGGUCCCACCAAGCGGAGGAGGAACCUGGGGCGCUGCGACUGCGACGCGGGGCUCUUCUGUGCCGCCGUGGACCGGGCGGAGACGGGCAAAAACAAGCGCCAGGGGGUGUGUGCGCCCCGGCCGAAGCAGGGCCAGCGGAAAACAAGGCAUUCUGGGAAGAAGCGGAGGACGGCAGAGGGGAGCUGCUGACGGUCUCAUGAACUCUUUAUUUAAGUCUGUAGAAGGUUUUAGAUGUUUCUCAUAUCACAGGUUCAUCCAAUCAGCAGCUGCCACACUUUCUCCAUCACUGUCACUUCAACCAAUAAAAGUCAAUGAAACUUGGUCUGAGCUCUUCUCAGGUGUGUGGGCGGGCACAGGUGGGGUUUGACUGACAGCUCUGUGGGACAAACUCCACCCUUAUUAUUCAAUACUCACUGACUGAGCUGCAUCGUGACCCUGCAGCUCCUCUAACGUCCACCAGAGGCAGCAGCGACUCAGUCCCCAGAGACUCCCAUGUUAAAACUGAUACACAAACUGCUUGGUGUCCAGUAUUGGGGAAGUUACUUUGAAAAAGUAAUUAGUUACAGU